AAAGAUGUGCCUAGCUACAAUUCUGGAGCGAAUCAAGAUGCCCACACGAAUGGCGUGGCAAAUGCUGGCGGAUCUCAGGAUAAUUUAGUUCAAAAGCUUCAAGUGACUCAACAAACUUCAAGCUUUGCAACUCUCAUGCACUUGCUAAAAGGUAACCUAAACAUCGGAGUUUUAGCAAUGCCAAAUGCUGUUUCAAACGCUGGUCUUGCGCUGGGUACAGUUGGUAUCCCAAUUUUGGGAGCAAUUUGUAUUCAUUGUAUGCAUUUAUUAGUCAUCAGUAGUAAAACAAUAGGUGAAAAAAUGGGUGUUGCAUCUUUAGAUUAUUCCACAACUGCUGAACAAGCAUUUCGUUCGGGACCCAAGAAAGUGCAGUUUCUUGCUCCUUUUGCUAGACACUCUGUAGACAUUAUGUUAAUACUUACGCAGUUUGGAUUCUGUUGUGUAUAUUUUCUUUUUGUUGCUAACAGUCUCUAUGAGGUUUCUGAAAAUCUUUUCGGCUCUUCUCCGUUUUCCCUUCAUGAGUUCAUGGCCAUCAUAUUUCCAUUUUUGAUUCUAUUCAACUUCAUCAGAAGCCUUAAGAGAUUGUCCAUCACUACAAGUAUUGCCAAUUUCCUCUUAGUUGUCAGUUUUGUGAUGGUGUUUUACUUCCUUGUACAGGGGAGGCACAGUUCCAAUCUCUACCCAUAUACAGCACCUGUCAAAAAUUGGCCUUUGUUCUUUGGAACUGUAACCUUUGCUUUUGAAGGCAUUGGAGUGGUUCUCCCUCUUCAGAAUGCUAUGAAAACGCCAGAAGAUUUCGGGGGUUUUACUGGUGUCCUCACCACAGGAAUGAUCAUUGUGAUUUGCCUGGACAUAGCUGUCGGUUUUUAUGGUUACCUAAAAUAUGGGAAUAAUGUCAAACCAAGUAUAACAUUCAGUCUUCCUAAACAUCCGCUGAGUGAAACAAUUCGUCUCACAUUUGCCCUCGCUAUCUUCCUGUCACAUCCUCUUCAGUUUUAUGUGGCUUUAUCAAUUAUAUGGUCUUAUUUGAAAGAAAAGUUUCAACUGGAGAAGAGAUUUUCCCCGAAAAUUCAAACAGUUUUCGAACUUUUGCUUCGUACUUUUUUAGUCUUUGUCACGUGUCGGAGAAAGCUAAUUUUGAUUAUCAUCAAAGAUGCUGCCAUCAUUAUAUUCGGAAUAUUCGGAUGUUUCAUCGGAACAUAUUCAACAAUAAAAGAAAUUGUUCAGAAAAUGAAAAAGCCAUCCUGAUACUUGGUAUUUUUCGAGCAUUUGUAAUACCAGGAUCUCUUGGACACUCAUCUCUAAAGUUCAGGCCUGAAGGAAAAAAGAAAGCAGAUACUGGAAGUAAAACCAUUUUAAUUUUAGCUGGUUUACGGAAGGAGUUAAUUAUGCUUUUAGUAUUAAAUUAUAAACUAUUUAUCACUAUUUGCUUUUUUCUCGGUAAGAAACAAUCUUAUAUAUAGGUUAUGAUUGUUAAAAUGUUUUUUGAUAAACAUGGAUAAUUUACUCCCCUCAAAAGCAAAUCUAAAUAAAAUGGUUUUCCUACCAGUUAUUGCUAACUUCUGAGUUGAUUUAUAUGAACUUCAGCCCUGCUAUAUUACACUUGUAAGCACUGUGAUAAAAACAUUCUAAUUCCGUACGGUCGUUGAUUACUAAAUUAUGAUUUAUUUUUGUAUUUGUCAAUUAUAGCAAGAUAGAGUUAGUCACAAAAAUACCUGAAUGUUACAAAUAAUUUAGAAAAUAAAGAAUUGUAAUUCUCGCUA